AUGUCUAGGCCUGUUGAGAGAAUAGCAGAGAUCAACGAUGGAAAAGAGCUUUGGAAGAUUGUUGUUAGGAUUCACCACAGAUGGAAUGUUGUGUCUAACAACAAGGAACAUUUUGAAAUGAUCUUUGUUGACAAAUUGGGAGAUGAUAUUCAUGCUGUUGUUCCAGCACCACAUGUGUCGGUGUUCACCGAAAAAUGCCUAUUAGGGCAUACUUAUACUGUAUCUAAUUUUAAGGUGGUGCCUUAUGUUCUAGCGUUCAAGGCAUCAGAACACAAAUAUAUGCUGUGUGAAAUGAAUAUAUUUUUUUCAGAUGUCGUUGGAAUGGUCGAUAGUAUUGGUUAUGCACAGACUGAGUCUGGCGCAAAGAAGCAACAAAUUAGCAUGGUGUUGUGUGACCAUAGCAACAACAUGUUGAACUGUACUCUGUGGGAAUCAUACGCGGAUCAGUUCAUCAGGUUUAACAAAGUUACGGUUGCUGCAUCACUCCCUACAGUUGUGUUGCUUCAGUAUGCCAAAGUGAAAGAAGAAGGAAAGUAUCCUCUGUCUGUGACAAACACCUACAAUGUGACCCUUUUAUAUGUUGAUCGUGAUUUUCCUGUCAUGAAAGACUUUAUUGAUAGAAUGCCUGAGGAGAGCAAGGUAACCCUGUCUGAUCAACUCGGAGGGAAUUCCCAAUUAUCCUCCCAGAAUUCUGAAAAUCAACAGCUGACUCCUGUGCAAAAAGUGUUCUCAAAGGCUGUUGUUUUACCUAUUGCUGAGAUUAUUCAACUUACGGAUAUUACAUUUUGUGCUACUGUCGCUACAACAAAAUUAUUAGUCGCGUCUCCAUUUGGAUGGUACUAUCGUGCCUGUCAUAUGUGUCAAUCUAUAGCGCGUGGGGACAACCCCCCAUUUGAGUGUGAAGCUGGUCAUGAAACCAUGGCUGAAGUCCUUAGGUAUAAGAUUGAGAUUGAGGUUACUCAUGGGGGCAAAAGCUGCAAUUUUGUGUUCUGGAACAGAGAAUGUGAAAUGCUCUUGGGUUUAUCUGUGUCUCAACUUCGUAACACUAUGAUUCAUGCUGGAAUUACUGAUCCAUUGGACUUCCCAUUAGCACUUGAUCAGUUGUUGAAGUUGGAAAUGGCUAUGAAGGACCUGGAAAUUACAUCUGAGCACAAGCCUGAUGCUGUCACACCUGCUGGUAAGAGGCAUUUUCCUGGUGCAUCAAGUGAAUCCACUGAUUUGGACGGAUUAUAUGAUGGAGAAAUGUCAUCAAACAAGCUGAAGAAGAUAAUUAAAAUGGAGAAGAUUGAUUAG